UCAUCCUCCUACGGUCCAAUAUACACUUGGUCUUGGUCUGAGGAGAUGCGAUGCAGCCCAACAUGGCAACCAAGAACGAUUCUGCUAAUGACACGAUACCAGAUGGUUUCUCACUCUGCAACAACAACAACGUUAUGGCCUUCAGCAGAGUCUUCCUCCCUACACUCUACAGCAUCGUCUUCAUCGUGGGGUUCAUCGGCAAUGGCUUGGUGUUGUGUGUCCUGGUCAAGUAUCACAAAUGGUCCAACAUGUCAGAUGUGUGUCUCUUCAACUUGGCAAUUUCAGACCUCAUCUUCCUUCUCUCAUUGCCUUUCUGGGCUCAUUAUGCUGCCACCACUCGGUGGACCUUCGGGAACUUCAUGUGCCAUACAGUGACGGCGUUCUACACGCUGGGAUUCUAUGGAAGCAUCUUCUUCAUGAUCCUCAUGACCAUUGAGCGCUACAGUGUCAUUGUCCACACCAAUAACUCUCUCUUCUCUAAGCACCGGUCUGUCAGAGCUAUCAUAGCCCUGAUUUUGUUAAUGUGGACACUUAGCCUGGGAGCUUCUCUGCCAAACAUCAUUUGGGCACAAGUGAACAAUACAUCAGAAGUAUGGACAUGCAGUUUGGAAUAUCCAGAAGGAACAAAGUGGAGGUAUUUCUCUUACAUGGAGUUGAACAUCCUUGGCUUAAUUAUUCCUCUGUCAGUGAUGGUGUUCUGCUACUCGCGCAUCAUCCCCAUUUUAAUGAGCAUUAAGUCUCAGAAGAAACACAGAGCUGUCAGGCUCAUUCUGGUCUUGGUCAGUGUUUUCUUCCUCUUCUGGACACCUUACAACAUCGUCAUCUUCCUGACGUUUCUGCAUCAUCUGGGUUACAUGAGCACUUGUGAGUGGUAUCAGGACCUGACCAUGGCUAUGCAGUGGGUGGAAACCAUAGCGUUCUGUCACUGCUGCAUCAACCCCAUCAUCUACGCCUUUGUGGGGAACAGAUUCAGGAAUUUAUUUCUAAAGAUGUUAAAAUUGUGGUUUCCUCUUUGCUUUGGUCGCUGUACAACAACUGAAAGUGAAUGCUCAGAGAAGAUGACCAAUAGGUACUCCUCAGAGAUUUCUUGCACAAAGAUAAAACUAAACCAUUAACACAUUUGUUCUACUAUUAAAUCGUAUUAUGCCAGGAUGGAAAAUGUAGCCAUGUAAUGUGAAGACCUUAAUUAACACUGAGCUAUAAAAUGAACAAAGGUCUGCUGUUAUAAAAAAUUUAAAAUAAGGCACUUAAUCCAUUGACCCAGAGUGAAUGAAACAGAUCCACAUCCAGACAAUGAAUUAGCUUGUAUAUUUAUUUUAGAGGCUGCCAAGUAUGCAUGUUUUUUUUCCAUGGAAGUUUAAAGUCAACUUAAUAACCAGUCAAACAGUUUCUUUAAAGUCAAAGAAGGAUGUCCUUUUUCCCCAUUGACUCUACUGUAUUUAUUUAUUAAAAGUGAGGCUUUCCCAAGACAAAUCCAUUUAAAUUUCCUGUACUGUCACAUUGUUUUUUUCCAUUUUAUCCCCUCAGACUAACAAUGACUGCAUUAUGUAAGCAACCACAGCACAUUACCGCUAAAAAUAAAAUAUCAUGCU